AUAAAUAAACACAAAAAGGAAAUAGAAAACAACAUAGUUCGUUCAUUUGGGACAUUGAUCAAGCUGUGAUGUUGUACUCAUCAUUAAUCAGCAAAUUAAAACGGUGACGAACUGGUAGCCUUUAUUUUAUGUAAUCUGUAUCGGUCUCCCAGUUCUGCCUGCUUUCACGCUGUCAGAAGUAAAAGCUAUAAUCCUUGUUCGCGAACUUAAACCAGGGUGAUUGGAAUUGAAUUGCUUGCAGAAUAAUGCAUCCUCCUUUGACAUUGCAUAGACACCCCAUGUGUGCUGAAAUUAUUGAGCUGUUCCAAAAGUGUCAUUUGGACCAUCCUAUUGGGAAAUUUUUUGGGGAAUGUACUGACCUCAAAAUAAAGCUUGAUCGGUGUUUCCGGGAGGAGAAAGCUGUGAAGCGGAAGGCAAAUUUUGAACGGAGUAAGAAACUCAAAGAAAGGCUUCGGGAAUUAAGGAAGGAAGCUGCUGAGAGAAGCCCUGAAGAGAAAAAUUUUAUGUGAGCUUAAUGAUAAAGUGGAAAACAAAAGUCUUGUUGGAUAAUUUUAGACCAUAUACACAUUAAUUUUAUGACUUGGAGAACAUGGAAUGAGCAGCACCACAUGUUGCUACGACAUGGUGAGAGAGAAUUGUAGUACGCUAUUGUCUGUCCAUUCUGUCCAUUCUUUGUGUUGGGAAGAAAAUAUCUGAUUUACCCUGUAGAAAGGUACUUCAGAAAUAAAUAUUUGUAUUAAUCUCUACGUACAAUUGUGAGGAGACGUUUAGUAUGUUAUUUCAGGUUAUUAGUUGAGUUCUAAAUUUCAUUUAUCACUGAAUCUGUUUAGUA